AUGUCUGCUCAGAGCAGCAGGGGUACCGGACUGUUCCGGACCCUCCUGAGCCGCUCCAGAGCCCCGGGACCGGGUCGGUACCGGUGUGUGUCCUCCGCGCUCCCCCCGCCGGGCACCUGGAGCUCGCAGCUGUCGCGGAUGUCGCACCGGGACCUGUGGCUCUCCCUCACGGACCCGGAUCAGUUCUGGGCUGCCGCCGCGGACCGGCUCCGCUGGGUGAAACCGUUUGACCGGGUCCGGGACUGCGACCUCAGCACCGGGAGGAUCAGAUGGUUCCUGGGAGGGAAGCUCAACGUGUCCGUGAACUGUCUGGAUGUCCAUGUGGAUAAACAUCCCGACCGAGUGGCUCUGAUAUGGGAGCGAGACGAACCUGGCACUGAGGUGAAGGUCACCUACAGAGAGCUGCUGGAGACAACAUGCCGUCUCGCCAACACCCUCAAGAGCCAUGGGAUCCAAAAGGGGGACAGGGUUGCCAUUUACAUGCCCGUGUCACCGCUGGCGGUGGCGGCCAUGUUGGCGUGUGCCCGUAUUGGUGCAGUGCACACUGUGGUGUUUGCUGGCUUCAGCUCAGAGGCUCUGGCAGGGAGGAUCCAGGAUGCCCAGUGUAAAGCUGUGGUCACCUUUAAUCAAGGUGUGAGGGGCGGACGUCUCAUUGACCUGAAGGCUACAGUGGACGCAGCAGUGAAGAGCUGUCCAACUGUCCAACAUGUGUUUGUCGCUCAGAGGACAGAAAACCGUGCUGUGAUGGGACAGCUGGACGUCCCACUGGAGGAGGCGAUGUCCUCUCAGUCUCCGGUCUGUCCUGCGGAGCCUCUGGACAGUGAGGAUCUUCUGUUUCUUCUCUACACAUCAGGAAGUACGGGGAAACCUAAAGGCAUCGUUCACACACAGGCUGGUUACCUGUUGUUCAGCUCACUCACUCACCAGUACGUGUUCGACCACCAGGACGGCGACGUGUUCGGCUGCGUGGCCGACGUCGGCUGGAUAACGGGACACAGCUACGUGGUGUACGGCCCGCUGUGCAACGGAGCCACCACCGUCCUGUUCGAGAGCACACCGGUCUACCCAGACCCAGGUAGGUACUGGGAGAUGGUCCAGCGUCUGAGGAUCUCUCAGUUCUACGGAGCUCCGACGGCUCUCCGUCUGCUGCUGAAGUACGAUGAGAGCUUUGUGAAGAAGUACGACCGCUCGUCUCUGAGGACGCUGGGAUCAGUGGGAGAGCCCAUUAACCAUGAAGCCUGGCACUGGUUCCACAGUGUGGUUGGAGACGGACGGUGCCCUCUAGUGGACACCUGGUGGCAGACAGAAACCGGUGGAGUCUGCAUCGCCCCGCGUCCUUCAGAGGAAGGAGCCGCCAUCGUACCGGCGAUGGCCAUGAGGCCGUUCUUUGGCAUCCAGCCAGACCUGAUGGGGGAGAAGGGUGAACCUCUGUCCGGUGGCGGAGUGGGAGGAGCUCUGGUUAUCGGCCAACCGUGGCCCGGUAUGGCCCGCAGCAUCUACGGAGACCACGGGCGGUUCAUCGAGGCCUAUUUCAAACCGUACCCAGGUUAUUUUUUCACCGGUGACGGCGCGUACCGCUCAGAGGACGGGUUCUACCAGAUAACCGGACGGAUGGAUGACGUCAUCAACGUCAGCGGCCAUCGCCUCGGGACGGCGGAGAUCGAGGACGCUCUGGAUGAACAUCCAGCUGUUCCAGAAACAGCUGUGAUUGGAUUCCCUCAUGAGAUCAAAGGAGAAGUGCCGUUUGCCUUCGUGGUUCUGAAGGAGGACUUGGACUCGACCCCCGUCGUCCUCCAGGAGCUCAGAGAACUCGUCUCCACAAAGAUCGCCAGAUACGCCGUCCCGGAGCACUUCCUGGUGGUGAAGCGGCUCCCCAAGACUCGCUCCGGGAAGAUCAUGAGGCGGAUCCUCAGGAAGGUUGCCAUGGAGACAACAGGUGACCUCGGCGACGUGUCGACUCUGGAUGACCCGUCCGUCGUCAAGGAGAUAAUCGAGGCCCACGAGCAGUACAGGAAGCAGAGAGGAGGAGAGAAGAAGAAGGACUUCCUGUCGCCGUCUCGUUAAACCGCGGGGAGGAAGCGGGCGGGGCCGAGCCGGUCUUCAGGUACGGACGACGUCAUCGUUCCUCAGGUAGAACCCGAGCUGUUCGCAGACCAGAGGAGUAGUGGACAGAACCUUUUUUUAUUACAUUACAUUACAGUCAUUUAGCAGACGCUUUUCUCCAGAGCGACUUACAGUCAGUAGUAUGUUACAUAUCAUUCACCCAUUCACACACUGAUGACAGGCUACCAUCAAGGUGCCACCAUCAGACUCUAACUAACAUUCAUCAUCAGUCCACACCGAUGGCCUUCAGGAGCAACUUGGGGUUAAGUGUCUUGCCCAAGGACACAUCGACAAGAAGCCGGGUAUCGAACCACCGACCCUCUGAUUGGAGAACUACCUUGCUCUCCACUACGCCACAGCCGCCCCGGUAUAUAUCCUUAUACACGAAGAACAGAGACACAGUCAGGAGACAGUUAGCCUAGCUUAGCAUAAAUACUGGACCAGGAGGGGAGAAGAAGACGAAAUCACUAACUGUGGU